AUGGACCUGUCUGUUCUUGAAGCACCUGCGCGAGUUGCCUCGGUCAGGGUAGACGGCGCCUCGCGCACUCGUGCCACGUUCCUUGCCUCUAUCAUCAACCCUCAACUCGCGAAGGAGCGCCCGGAGACGCUAGAGGGUGCACUCCUCGCAACUCGUGACAUUGGACAUUACUUGAAAGAAGCGGAUAUAUUCAGCAUUGUCAAUGCACGGCUGGAACCGUCUGCAGGUCGAGAUGGAGAUGUUGAUAUCGUAUUCACCACGAAGGAGAAGGGGAGAUACUUCCUGAAGACCAGUACGGAGGUCGGGAACAACGAGGGGACUGCGAGUGCCACGGGUCACAUACGAAAUGUGUUCGGCGGUGCGGAGCACUUCGAGGCGUCAGUCUCCGCGGGCACAAAGACGCGACGAGCGUUCAACGGGGUGUUCUCGGCGCCGUUGACUGGAACGCUUGGCACGCGCGGUGAGCUGUCGGCGUAUGCGGCGGACAAGGACAAUAGUAGCUUUGCUAGUUGUACGGAGGCACUGCGAGGUGCGAAGGUUGCUGUCCGGUCAGGAUACAGGAGAAGUGGCCAACACGAGAUGGGUUACGAGGCGGUUCUGCGACACGUUGGCAACUUGACUGAAUCGGCUUCUUUGAGUAUACGAGAGGCAGCCGGACAAAGCGUCAAGUCUUCGAUCUUCCACACUUAUGUCCGCGAUAGUCGGGACAACGCGAUUAUGGGCACUCGCGGGGGCUACCUGAAGCUGCGCCACGAGUUUGCGGGUGUUGGCGGGGAUGCAGCAUUCUACAAGGUCGAGGGCGAAGCGACCGCAUCCAGGCAGUUGCACCCCGGCGUGACACUUUCCCUGGGCGCACGAGCAGGCUUGUUACACGCUCUGAAAGGUCAAAACACGCUCUUUCCAGAUCGUUUCCAACUGGGCGGGCCCCAGUCGGUGCGGUCAUUCCGACAAAAUAGUCUAGGGCCGCGAGACGGACCGGAUUCCGUAGGUGGUGACCUAAUUUGGGCGGCAGGCGCUAGCCUUGUCAGCAAUAUCCCGCGUGUACCGCAUUGGCCCUUGAAGUUCCAUUUAUUCGUUAACGCUGGUCAACUUGACUCUUUGCAGGGCGCACCUUCCCUGAAAGACGCCGUCCGCGCAUCAAUAUCCCAGCCCUCUGUAUCUGCAGGCGUCGGUCUCAUCUACGCAUUCGACCCUGUGCGUGUGGAGCUUAACUUUGGCGUACCUCUCGCGGCGAGGAAAAGUGAUGGAUUCAGGAGAGGCGUACAGAUGGGGAUUGGACUUGAGUUCUUAUAG